AUGAGUUCUCGUCGCACUUCCUCAGCAAAUUCGAGAUCCGAAUCAAGUAUUAACGGCAAAAGCGCAUCAAUGUUAAAAGAACAAAAUAUUCAAGUUUAUUUGAAUCACAGAACUCGCAGACCAGGUGGCUAUGAUUUGAAUUCCAGUAAAAUAAAUACAUCGACAUAUACAGUAAAGCGUCCAGAUAGUUCAUUUGUUUCAAAUAAGAUUUCCGUUAACUCAAAUUCUAGCAUAAAUUCCUCUGAUAUUUCAAGCCCUUCUUCCAAACCAACUAGUAUGCAUAAAUCUAUUUUGUUAAUGACGAAUAAUCAACCCAGACCAGUAAAUGUGCUUCAAACUUUAUAUAGCCCAACAAAACCAGAAGAAUCUAAAUAUCAAUGUGUUCCAACACCAUCACAAACAGUAAUUGUAAAGAGUCCAAAGAAAACAAUUUCAGAAAUUAAUUCAUCAAUCAACGAAUCCGAAUAUUUUUACUCUCCAACCAAGACUCAAUGCGAAAUACGAAAUAUGAUAAGCUCCAAGAGUGAAAUUCCGCAACCAGGAAAUUCUUUUGUUUCAUAUAUUACUCAAUCUAACAACAGAGUCACAAAAUCCAGAUCUAAACUUGCCAACGAAAGUAAUGUCAAAUCCACUCGGUCUCCUUCAAAAGCUCAUAAACCUUUUAGAAAAUCUAGUGCAACUUCAAAUACUCAUUCAAUUUCCGUUUACGCUGAUAGCAAGAAUACUCAGAAUUAUUCUGCAAUACCAUCCGGAUCACCUGUUCACAAUCAUCAUUUUGAUUUAAUGCAAAAUAGUUCAAUAGUCAGCGAAAAUUCUUCUGAUGUAUCACCAAUUCCAAAGAAGACACUAGACAAUAGAGGGCCAUCAUUUACAAACUCAAUUUUAACUCCAAAGAAUCUCCUCCGAUUCGUGAGCAAAUUGUGA